ACCUAGGAGGUAGGGGAGGUGUAGGCUUUAGGGAUCCCAGAGUGGCGGCCCCAUGGCCCCGCUGGGAGGCGCCCCUCGGCUGGUGCUGCUGUUCAGCGGGAAGAGGAAAUCCGGGAAGGACUUCGUGACCGAGGCUCUGCAGAGCAGGCUCGGCGCUGGCGUCUGUGCUGUCCUCCGGCUCUCGGCGCCACUCAAGGAGCAGUACGCUCAGGAGCACGACCUGGACUUCCGGAGACUCCUGGAUGCCAGCACUUACAAGGAGGCCUAUCGGAGGGACAUGAUCCGCUGGGGGGAGGAGAAGCGCCAGGCUGACCCGGGCUUCUUCUGCAGGAAGGUUGUGGAGGGCAUCGCCCAGCCCAUCUGGCUGGUGAGUGACACACGGAGGGUGUCCGACAUGCAGUGGUUUCGGGAGGCCUAUGGGUCCGUGACGCAGACGGUCCGCGUGGUAGCCUCGGAGCAGAGCCGACAGCAGCGGGGCUGGGUGUUCACACCAGGGAUAGACGAUGCUGAGUCUGAAUGUGGCCUGGACGACUUCGGGGACUUCGACUGGGUCCUGGAGAACCACGGAGAUGAACAGCGCCUGGAGGAGCAGUUGGAGAACCUGUUGGAGUUUGUCCGCUCCAGACUUUAGGGCUCAGUACUGUGGCGGGGAUGGGCAUUGGGGGAGGAAGGUCCCUGAUCUUGGCUCGGGAGGGGGUUGCAGACAGAGGGCCUGGGUCUGGAUUUCUGCGGGUGCCGAUGAAUGUUGGGUACAUUGGAGGGCCAAGGGGGACCCUGUUUUCUCCAUGGAGAGAGUGUUUCAGCCUCUGGCAUGAGUCUGGCAGCGCCAGAGGGUGAACCAGCUGUGUGUGAAGCAGAAAUGUCGCCAUCCCCGGGGCCAGGCGUGUCGGCACGUGGUGGCCUCACUUCUCUGUGUGGUGCUCUCAACCGCAGGGCUCCCCCGCGUGGGUGCCAAUAAACCACCUUGCAGCACACGCUUAGAGCGGGGUGGCGCUCAUUUCCCUCACACGCUGCGGGCAGUAGGUCUGUCAGUGGCAAAGGUGGGAUGGGAGUCUGAGGGUCCUGGCUUUUUUGGGCUGGCCUCAGAGAGGCUCCAUAUUCCCCAGCAAGUGCACCUUUGAUUUGUGUAGCCCUUUGCAAUUCCUGAAUUUCUUCUAGAUUCUUCUCUGCCACCUUGUGAAAUGGGCAAGGAGAGUCAUUACCCAUCCGUGUUUGGCAGAUGCCAAGAACUCGGCUUGCCUGGGGCCAGAGGGUUAAUAAGCGUCGGUGCUCAGUGUGAAGCAGAGCACAAGCUGCCUGACGCCUGGCCACGGCCCCCUGCCACGUCCCUGGGUGUGUGGUGCGAAGGCCCUGGCCCCUUGGCAUCUUCAGGCCGAGCCUCCAUGCCCCCUCUGCUGCCUGGCCUCAUUCUCCCUCCACAGCUUGUGUUAGUUCUGCUGGAUCAGGGGCCAUCCAAAGACAUGAUGAUCUCUGUGUGACCCAAACUGAACGUGGCCCAACUCUUCAUCCGCUGCUGCCGCCUCCCUUGCUGGGUGCCAGGCCCUGGGACACAAAGGUGAACUGGACAUGGGCUCUUCCUCAAAAGAGCUUUCAGUCUGCGGGAAGGACUCAGGUGUACCUGAAACCAUGCCUGGGAACUGAAGUCAGAGCCAGAGAGAACAACCAUGGGGCCCCAGGGCCGGAGCUGGGACUUCAUGAGCUGAGGCCCAACACGUCCAGGUGAGCACGGACCCCUCGUCUCGGGCGCUGCCACCACUGCUUGGACAUUGUGCUCUGGAGCCCAGAGCAGAUGCUAGAGAGCAGUCCCAGUCAUGGAAGUGACCGCAAGUCCCUAGGGCUAGUCUGGUGAAUGUGCAGGGAAAUGGGUCCCGCAACCAGGGAGAGUAUGAAGCAGGUGGGAAGGGUGGGGUAGGACUCUGUCUGCAACUGAGAGGAGCCCUAGAGCCCGAGCCUUGGCAUUGACAAGGGCCCCUGGGCAGCUAGUGCAGAGAACCCCGCAGGGUGCCCCCAACAAAGAGACAUGAGGUACUUCAAAAAGUUAGUGGAAAAUGGAAUUAAAAGAUAAGUUUGUGCAGCACAAACUACACCUAUAGUAAGGUGCAGUGACGGUGCCGCUUGGGAUGGCUGUGUCUUAUAUUGCAGUGCCUGGGUUCUAGUCCUGGUUCUGCUCCUGAUUCUGGCUGGCAUCCUGCUAAUGUGCUCCCUGGGAGGCAGUAGCCAAAGACUCAAAUAAUUGGGUUCCUGCCACCCAUGUCGGAGACCUGGAUUGAGUUCUGGGCUCCUGGCUUUGCUCUGGCCCGGGCCUGGCUGUUGCAGGCAUUUGGGGAUUGAACUGGUGAAUGGAAACUCUGUCUCUCUGCUUUUCAAAUAAAUAAAAUAAAUUCAAAAUUUUAAGAGAUAAGUUGUUUUGGGACCA